AGAGAAUCAAUAAUAUUAUGCCUCUUGAGCAAGAAUAAUUUAGGAUGGUCACAUGCUACAUAGCGGUUAUGGCCUGCUGUAUCUCAGCUAUUCAAGCUUCUUCACUUCACGUUGUCCUUGCAGAACAGAUCCCAUCAAGACCAUUAUUAAACAAGUCGCCAUUUCAAGGCCGUGACUCAAGAAUAACUCGAUCUUGGCCGUCAAGCGCUCAUCCACAAACUCAACUCUCUCGUAUAACUUCUAGAGAGGACUUCAUGUCGAGUUUCGAGGUCAUUUAGAUAUACCCACAGAUCGUGUUCCUAAAAGAAGGAACCAACAGACCAGGAACUGAAGAGGACGGCCAGGAAGAAGCAGUGUCUAGAACAUAUAACCAGG